GGAAUAAACAGUCGUGAAUAAACGCACUAUCAAAUACAACCCUCAUUGUGGUUACAAGAAUUCACUGAACACACUUCCCGCAGCAUCGAAUUGAACAAAUGUCAAACAAUAUAACUGCAGCAAAAUAUCCUUUGGAAUAAAUUGGUUAUUGCAAGAAAUCAGCAACGUUUUAGUGGCAAAUUUGUAGCUAAAAGAUAGUAGACAUGUCGAAAGUGGUAGUGGAUCCGAAUUUGCCCAUUAUGGAGCAAAUUAAAACGCUUAUUAAACCCCCGCCAUCUGAAGAAGAAAAGAUAACAUUGCGUCCAGUGAAUACAAAACAUCCAUAUUAUAAGCGGCCAGGUCGGGGUCAUAAUCAUGACCUUUGCGAUGCCUGCGAAGAAGGUGGGGAUCUUCUGUGCUGCGAUCGUUGUCCAUCCAGCUUUCAUUUGCAGUGUCACGAUCCGCCAUUAACGGAGGAAGAUAUACCGAGCGGACAGUGGUUAUGUCAUAACUGUCGCAUGACACUCAAACCUACUCCACCAUCUAAAUCAAGCUCUGUUGAACGUGGCGUUUCUGGCACAACAGCUUCCGCACGCACAGAUAAUUCGCGGCCAAGUACCCCUUCAGUUUCGAUUGAGACUGAAUCGGCACCAUUUAAAUUUCGUAACUUACGAAAACGCAGCAGCAGCCGUGCAUCGGUUUGUAGUGAAAUUAGCACUACGGAAAAAUAUUUAUCAAAAUUACCAGUGGGAAUACAAAGAGCACUGGAUCCAAAUAAAAAACCUACACCGCUAGAUGAGCUCAUCAAGGCUGCUAGUAUAUUAAAUCCUAAACAAUUUGAGCUACCGCGGGAGCUGGAAAUUCAUUCACAGUUUCCUGGAAAUGAUAAGGUUGAACCGCUCCGCAAAAAUGGAAAUGGCAAUAAAAAACCAAGUAAUGUACGCCGUAAUUCUAAACCAUAUGAGCUAGAUCCACAAGGCCUGGUGCCAUUACCAGCGAAGACUUGUUUUUACUGCCGCAAGUCAUGUAAGAAAGCGCCACUUGUUGCAUGUGACUACUGUCCAUUAUACUUUCAUCAAGAUUGUCUGAAUCCACCGAUGACUGCUCUGCCAACUGGCCUAUGGAUGUGCCCAAACCAUGUGGAGAACUUCAUUGACAAUCAUCUUGUGAGCAGUAUUUCAGCCACUGAGCGCAUUCGGCUGUGGGACAAAUUUUCACAACCUUUCGACCAUGAGUCGGUUAAAAUGGAAUUCUUUAGACGCGUACACAUGCGUAAUCCUCCCUUCCGCAUCAAAGUGCCAAUAAAAUCGCGCGAAACCAUUGAAAUACCUCCGAUGGUUAGGUAUCACUACGAGAAUCCCCCACCUCUCUUACCAUCACUUCGUGAAACCUUACGAUACGACAUAGUCAAGCGGCGCAAGUGUCUUCCUAGUUCACCUGAAGUAAUAUCUAAAGAGAGCGUAGCUGAAUCAGUUUUUAAGGAUUUGGAAGCACUUCAAAGUGCCAAAGCCAAAUUACGUGAAAUUCAGAAAGAACUUGGUCAAAUAGCUGACUUAAGCAGUAGCGAAGAAGAGGACGAUGAUAAUAGGGAAAAUACUGACGGCCAGAAACAUACCGAGAAGGCGUCAAAAUGUGGCCACAAUAUUGCUGAUAAAGAGAAAGCAGAAGAUGAAGAAAAAGGCAAGAAGGGCAAAGGUAACAAAAAACGUGCCAAGCGCGGGGAAUCUGUAAAAAACAGCGUUUCAGACAUACACAUAAAAAGCGAAGAAGAAGUAAAAAUCGAUCAGGAUGCAGAAAAAUUAUCCGUAAAUCAAUCUCAACAACCAGAUGUGGAUAAAAUAAAAAUCGAAGAUGACGAAGAAACAGACGAAGAUACUAAAUACAACGUUGAAAUAGAUGCAGAGCUUCGUUAUUUAGAUGUGGACUUAAUAAAGAAAUUAGCAUUUCAACGCGUACAACAACUUGUGCAAGAACAUCCCGAAAUUGUAGUUCAAUAUCAAAAUCGCACGGCUGCAAAGCGUAUCAGAGAACUUACCCAAUCUGAUCCACCUCAAAUAUUGCCAUCGCAAAUCCUCUCACCAGAAGAUGUACGUCGACUAUCGAUCAUGUUCACUGGCGAGACAUCAUCCAUUUUGGCACAACAUCAAACAGCUACAGACGACGAUUUGCCGCAGUUGCAUCCAGCACUAGCCACUGCUGCUGCCAUUGUUGCUGCCGACGAAGAAGAGCAGAAGUACAAACCACGCAUACGCACUGACGCCGAAAAAGCAUACGAAAUAGCAACGCGCCUUGAACUGAAGUUGAUGCGCUGUAAAGUACGCGCACGUGCCGUUCUAACUCCGCUUGGCGAUAUACUUGAAGACAACCGCUGGUUUAGCAAUUUGGAAUUGCAAUCUUCAUUUUUCAUGCGCUAUCGCAAUUUGCAUAUUGGAUCUGGUCAGACUUCUGUUGAUGUGAAUCUUUCUCUCAUCGGGCACUGUUGUCGUAUUUCCCCAAAGCAUGCCACAAUUUUCUACGACGACUUCACCAAAACGUAUGAACUUAUCAACUACUCUGAGUAUGGCACAGAAGUAAAUGGACAGCUGUAUUCAUGCGACUUCACUGACCAUGGACCUACGCCAGCCAAAAAACUUAAAAGCGAAGAUGUAGAGUUACAGAAACGCGUCCAAGAGAUUUUGGAUAAACGACGUGGCAUACAGCGACAACACUACAUUGUUGACCGAAAUUCAAGGAUGGCACCACCAAUGAAACCUGAAUGCAAAUGUACUUUUAUCUCUGAGCCGCCGAUGGUUGCUGGCGCUUGGGAAGGUACAGCUAUCCUUACACAUGGUACUUUAAUACGUUUCGGGUGCUUGUCGUUUGUCUUCGCAAUACCUGAAGUAGGAACAAGCAACAACGGUCAGGGUUAGUGUUAUUAUUGUACGUCGUUGGAGCGACAAUUUGCAUAUUGCUUCCAACACGAAACAAGCGCUUAUUUUAAUCUAAAACAUGAAGGGCAUUUUUUCUGAAGUAUCGGAACACACUUGGCAGACUAAUUGAUUUACAUCUAAUAUUCGCACAAACAUUUCGUGAGGCGUAAAGAAGGGGUAAUUGUUUUUAUCUACAAAUAUGUAUGUAUGUAUUUAUUUCUUAGUAUAAAAUUUAGUAUUUUAAAUAAAAUAAUACUCUGGCUCUUACAUACCUACAUAUGUACAUAUUUCGAUAUGUGUAAAUGCGUCGCUGGCUUGGGCAACAUUUUCACAUUACGUACAUGUGUGGACUCGGCUAAGCGUUUACAACAACAAAUAUUUUACGAAAUAGACGUUAAUAAAGCUUAGUAAAAAAAAAUAUAUUUCUAUUAUGA